AUGACUACUGAUGUAUUAGACGAACAUCGUUUUACAAGUCAAUGUUCUCUCUAUGAACCUACUAAUCGUCGAUUAUCUACAGAUACAAAACAUUAUUCAACAGCAAGAUCGACAAGAACAUUAUUUGAAAGAAGAUCAAUAUCUAGACCACUUAAUAUUUCACAUUUGAAAUCUUCGGUAUCAACAAGUGUACCUUCAAAUCCUACAAACACUAACUCUGUUCAAAAUCGACAUUCAACUUCUAAUGAUUUUUUAUCUUUAAUUCGAUCAGUUGCUAUGAGACCAUUCAAAACAUCGUCUUUGGUAAAUACCGUGACCGAAGGACAAACAAAUAAUGCUAUAGGUGGUAAUCAUAUACAUGAUAAACCAUUGGUCAGUCUCUUAAAAUAUCGUCCAUUAAGUGACAAUAUAAGCGAUCGUACAUUGUACACACAAUCAACUCGUGAAACUGGAAAUUUUCUUAAACGUAUGGGAUGGCCAGUAAACUCGACAACAGAUGAAGCACGUAUGAAAUGGAAAAUAGCAAUGAAAUUUUUAAUUCCAAUGAAAUUUGAUGUUAAUCGAGCAAUUAAUUUGUAUAGAACAUAUGAAAAUGUUCGUAAAGCUGAAAAUCUCGAUCGUAUUUGGAUUAAUAAUCCUCAUCUUAUACGUGAAAUUCAAUCUAACAAAUUUUUUACUUUACGACAAUUACCAAAUCAACCAUUGAAUGUUUAUUUUACAGCAGCACAUCUUAUUGAUAUUACAUCAACAAAUUCACUUUCACAACAAGAUCGAGAGUUAAUUUCAUUACAAGCAUUAAUUUGUCAACUUGAUGUUGCCACUGAAAAUAUGGAAGUUCAAAAUACUGGUUUAAAUUUUAUUUAUGAUAUGCAAAAUUGUUCAGCAUCUCAAUUUGAUAUGAAUCUUAGUAGAAAAAUUCUCAAACUUCUUCAAGGUAAUUAUCCAGCUAUGGUAAAAAAUAUAUUUAUCAUUUCAGCACCAAAAUGGUUCAAAAUAGCCUAUAAGGUGAUGAUGUAUACAUCAGAUCAAAUGCGUGACGUACUUAUAACACAUUAUAAUUAUUCAUUAGAUGAUAUUCCAAUAUCAUUGGGUGGUUCAUUAGAUCCAACACUUAAUGGUAAUAAUCGUUAUCAAACAUGUUUAUCAACAGUAACGAAUUCUCAAUCAAUAUGUCAUUCAUAUUAUUCAUUGGAUUAUCAACCUAAAACAACAACAAGUAAUAUUUUAUUUUUUAAUACUGAUCAUCAUCAUCAUCAUCAUCAUCAAAAUCAAGAUACCGCAUCAACAUUAUCUUCAACAAUAACAACAACUUCACCAAAAUCUUUAGUUGCUAUUGUUGCAUUAAGACGUAAUCACGAAUCAUCAUCAUCAUCAUCAUCACAAAUUCGUGUACGAAAACGUGAAUCAUCAUCAUCAAGUGAUACUGAUAAACGAUUACGAUCAAAUGAAAAUUCUAUUGAAGAAGAAUCACCUAUUAUAAAACCAUUAACUUAUAUACCACAAGAAAUAUCUAUCGAUCAAUCACAAUCAAAAAAAUCAUCAAUAUUAAAUGAAAAUCCAUUUUCUUCAUUAAUUAAUCAUCAAGAACAUGUUGGUUCUUCAACAAAAAUUAAUAUGAGUGAAAGUGGAAAUCGUGAACAUGGUAUUCUUAAACGUGAUAUUAAACGAACAACAAAUCAUUCAUAUAAACCAUUAAAUGCCAUAGAAUUUUUAGCUAAAACACAAGCAGAAAUUCGACAAGAAUUUCGUAAAUUACCAAAUCCACCAGCUAAAGAUACACAUGCAGCAAAAGAAGAGCGAAAUCUUGAUAAAUCUCGCUAUCGAGAUGUUUUACCAGGUGAAUCAACUCGUGUUAAACUUCAACCUGAUGAUGAUGAUGAAAUAAAUGAUUUUAUUAAUGCUAAUUAUGUUACUGGACAUAAUAAUCAAGAAAAAGCUUAUAUUUUUACUCAAGGACCACUUCAAACAACAGUGAAAGAUUUUUGGCGUAUGGUUUGGCAAGAAAAUAUAACAAUUAUUGUUAUGACAACAAAUAUUCGUGAAUCAGGUACAAUGAAAUGUUUUCCAUAUUGGCCAAUGCAAUCAAAAGAAAUAAUUAAUACUGGUCUAUAUCAAAUACAAAAUGAAAGAUCAGAAAAUUUUGAAAGUUUUAUUAUAACAACAUUAUUAUUAAGAAAAAAAAAUCAUCCUGAAAUUCGUAUUAUUUAUCAUGCACAUUAUCUUAAAUGGCCUGAUCAUGGUAUACCAUCAAAUACAAAAGAUGCUUUAUUAUUUCUUGAUAAAGUUGAAUAUUAUCGACAAAUAACAACAACUAAAGGACCAAUAUUACUUCAUUGUUCAGCUGGUAUUGGACGUACAGGAACAUUUUGUGCAAUUGAUAUUGGAAUAAAACGAUAUUUAGAAAAGAAAAUGAUUGAUAUACCAUCAACAGUACUUAAAAUGAGAACAGAACGUGCUGGUAGUGUACAAACAGAAGAUCAAUAUUUAUUUGCUCAUUUAGCUUUAAUGGACUAUAUAAAACAAAAUUUAGCAUUACAAGAAAGAAUUAAUGAAACACCUAAAUCAUCUGAAAUAGAUUUAAUUGAUAAAUCCAAUGAAAUAAAAAUCAAAGAUGAUAAUAGUUCAAAUGAACUAGAUGAUCAUAAACGUAAAACAUCACGUUCAAAAUCAAAUAGAAAAAAAUCUAAUGAUUUCGAACACAUACAUACACCUCCGAUAAUUAAUUCUAGUAAAUUUACAAAUUUACUUGAACCAACAUCUUAUCGAGGAAAAACACUAAGUGAUUCAUCUGUCUCAGCUGUUCAAUAUUUAAUACCAUCUACAACAAUUAUUCAAAGUGAAACAAAUCGACAACGAUCUAUAACAGAAAAUAUUUUAUCAACGCCAAAUAUGACUGGCAAUGUACAUCAUAAAAAAGCUCGUAAAUAG